AUGGCGGACGACUUGUUUGGUGACGAUGAAGAGGUAGCCCUCUCUCCCGAACAAUCUCCCGUUUCGCCUGCGUUACCCCCUGACAGCGAUAACGAUGACGACGACUCCAGCGAUGCCCAGCCGCUUAAGGAGAUCGACACCCUGUUACCGCGGCACGCCUUCACCGACUACUUCGACGCUAAGACUUAUUCGCUCAAAGUGCCGAAAUUUUUAAAUGUGGACGCUCGUCCGUUUGAUCCUAACGAUUUUAAAGCCGAAGUGGAAAAGAUCGAAGAACACAUUCGCAAGUCGAAUGAUCUGGAGAAGCUCAUCCAGGCCGAGCUCCUCUCGCAAAAAUUGGUCAACGCCAACACCAUUCGCUGGCGAUACAGUUCGGGCGCGGGCCAGGACGUUAUCAAGCAGAGUAACGCCCACUUUGUCGAGUGGGACGACGGCUCCAUCAGUCUUAAAAUCGGCAGUGAGUUGUUUGACUUUAAGCCGGCAGUGGUCACCGACUCGUGGCUCGUGAAGCUGCAUGAUGACUACGACAUGCUUCAAACUGAUGCCAUCAUUGGCGAACUGGUCAACUUGUUGCCGGUGUCGACGCAGACCAAAACCCAUCAAAUGUUGACGAAGACGGUGUCGGGGCAGCGGGUAAAGGGCAAGAUUCUCAGUACCAUCACUAAGGACGACCCCUUGGCCAAGCAACGUAUUGCUGACGAAAUGGAAAAGAAGUCGCUUAAGCUCAAACGGCAAAUGGAAAACAAGCGUCGCGCCCAAGAAGACCGCGAGGGCCGGUCGGGGUCGCCCCUGUUACACGAGCCGCUGUAUUCUCGUUUUAACCGUAACUAUGCUGGUGAGGAUUACGAUGAAGAAGACGACUUUGUCGCUGCUGAUGAUGAUGAAAUUGAGGAGGAAGAGGAAGAGGAAGAAGAAGAAGAGUUCGACUCGGACGAAGAACGGCGCCGUGCCGACCGGUUGAAGAAGGUGAAGGAAGAUGGCAAAGAACAGUAUAAGGAAGAGUCCAACCGCAAACGACGGAGAAUCAUCGACUCUGACGACGACGAAGAGUAA